AUGCAGUCUGUCAAUUUGACGAUUAUCUUUUCUUUCAGGCGGCGACGUAUGCAUGGUGGUGCAUUCAAAGCUAUGAAAUUUCCAAAGGAGCAGUGUGAAUUUCCGCUCAUCAACGUUUGCGGGACUGCAGAGAAACGCCGCUAUAGCAUGACUGAAAAGACCGAGAGUGAGCCAAUCGCCAGUCGCCUGCGGCGCAAUAACGAUUCGCCACGAGAUAUAAUUGUGGCGGCAAGACGUGCGCCUGUUCGCCUACUAAUCAACAAGCCAUAUUCGAGUGGGAGCAGCGCUGGUACUUCAAACAAAGCGACUUCUUCUGGUAGUGGUAGCGAAGUCCCUUGUCCAGCUGCUAAAAGGAACCGUUGUAACAGUUGGAGGCCCUACCUCGAUCUCGAAAAAAUGAUCAAAAAUCGCAUUUCAAACGAAACACCUCGCAGUGGCGUCAGCAAGAAAGAACAGCGCGCUCAGGAUCACUAA